CCCGGGACGAGGCCAAAUGCAGCUGCCCGCGAUCAGCGGCCCAGCAUUUGCCGUUAGAGACUGGACCAGCCAGUCGACCCGUUCCUGCCGCUCCUGCUGCCCAAAAGUUCGUCUGCUCCCGCACCCUUUCAGCAAUAGCGGACGACACAAUCGCGGCUUCGCUCCAUCGCCGUACAUAUAUAGUGCCAGACCGGUGGUCAUCGUCGAUUGUUUUCUCGAGGAUCAUUCCCAGGAGUCCGCUGAGCAGUCAUGCGGGAUCAGCUGUACCACGUGGUCCUUCUAGUCACGUUCUCCUGGCUUGGCUCGGCUGUAGCUGGGCCCCUCGAGAAGCCGGAGAAAGGCGAUAAGGAAGGCAGCAAGCAAACGAUCCAGGAAUUUUUCACAUCCGACUGGGGAGCAUGCGAACCUCUAAAGAACCCACUUGUCAUACCAGAGAUGAGCGAUCCCCAAACAUGGAUUCGGUGUCAGAAGCACCUUCCUGAGCACCCCAGUGAUAUCGAGGAAUACCUCCCGAGGCUUAGCAGAUGUAUGCUCAAAAGCACGGGUUGGGUUCGAAGCAACGGCAACAUGAACCUAAGCAAAUACCUUCAGUACCUCAGUCUCCUCGGUCUUGACAAUGAGACAAUGGAUAGCACGCGGGAGGCCCACAAAGGAUGCAUUUCAAAAGCGUACAAGGAAACAGACUUCAAAACUCAGGACAAGCUCUACGUGGAAUGCAUAUUCAAGCACUUCACAAAGGUGUGCGGGCCAAACUUUCAAGGGGCAGUAAAGGAAGGUUACAUCGUCGGCAUUACCCAGUUGAGCUUCAUGCCAAGGAUGGGCCCGCUGGAAGUAGUCGAUGACGUCGACGAUGACGACGUCGUGGAGACGCCGCCCGAAGAAACCGCGCCACGUGCCUUCAACGAAACCACACCUAUCGAACCAUGAACAUGAAGCUUCAUUCUUUUGCACAGUUUGCGAAUAUAUCGCGUAGAUUAGACGACGAUAGAUGUAGCUGUUAGAGAACCGAGUCGUAUAACCGAUUGGUUUUCUGAUUACGGACCACUAAAGAGAAACACAUAAUCAGUUUCGAAUCGGUAAUGUCUUCACACGUGUUAAAUUUGCGGUACGACGCUUAAGGGGGUACUGACACCAAUUUUCGAAGCUGAGUUUACUCCGUCGUACAGAUCUCCUGUACACAGAGAUGGCUCUGAGCAAGUGUGAAGAUCAGUAAAUGCUGAUUAAGAUAUUUUAUUUUGAUAUUAAAGUCAAUAUUCUCACGGCGCACCCACUGACAUCAACACUAGCGAGACGUGAGCGUAGUGUCAAUUCUGGUGGCUUGACACGCUAGUAUGGCUAGUUGCGAUGACGUCAGGCACCAAAACAUACAAAUGGCCGCUUGCGCGUCGCGAAAAAUCAUUCAAAAUGGCCGCUUGUGCGUCACCAACGGAGCCACGCAGCUACAGUGGCUAGCGGAGCUGCCUUGGAAGCGUCGCAUCUUGCGCGGUCAUGCGACGAGAUCCUGCUGAGUCGUGGCGUCAGGGUGCAGUAGAAAAACCAAACUAGCUUUUAAGAACAUGUUGUAAUUUAUUUCGCAGGACUCUGUCACGCUCACCAGUACCUUUUAUAGGCUCUUCAGGACUUGGUCCUGAAGACGCAAAAAAAAAAAAAAAAACGACAACUAAACAUUUUCGCGUCAGUACGCCUUUAAUAAUACAUAACAGGAAAUGAAGCACGAGUUUUAUUAAUUCGUUUCGGAAGAACGUAUUUAUCGGCCUCGUUCACCCAUUUUUUUUUUUUUUUUGCAGUGGUUAUGAAUACGAUAAUGGCGACUUCUGGCAGAAAUUGACCACCGCGUCUAUACUCGCGCAUGGAUAAUGUUGGCAAGCCUCGGCCACCAUUGGCUAACAGUGGCUACCGAUUAUUAUUAGGGGAGAGUUCGUCUUUAUCUUUUCUCAAUCUGAAGUUUACUUGCGUAUUACUGUAUGAAACCCCACCGCUUGUACAUGACAUCAAAAAUAUUGAAGAUAUGAAAUAGGUGAACAUAUAUGUCUGAGAUGUCAAAGUAUUGUCUUGUAUUCGAGCCUCUUGUGAUAGCAAUGCAAAUGUUCCCGAAGCUUGCUAUAUGUGGUCCAUUGGCUUCAUUAGAAUAGAUUGUAGUGCGUCUAUGCUGGUAGCAAGAAAAAUACAGGGCAGGACAGCACAGACACUGUGGAUAUAUUCGACGACGCAGCAUAUGUUGGUAACGACACUUAAAGGUGACGUUGUGGUUUAGCUACCGUUUUUCGUUUUUUUUUAAUUUUUUUGCCUUAUCAAUUUUAUACCCUCAGCAGUGAGUGGCUUCCUUAUCGCCGUUGUGGAACCUUAAUAUAGUAAUACAGCUCAAAUAAUUUGUUUAAGUCUCAUUUUGUGUCGACUGGAAUGUUGAAUUGCGUAUUGAGAAACCGAAAUGAAGGUAUCAGAACUACGUUACCCUGAAAAGUUUCAAUCUGUACAGCCGCACGUGCAUAUUCACGGUAUCGUAAGCUACCGUCUUUAAUAUCUCUUUUAUUGAGGUACAAUAUUUCUUGCACUGUCCACGUGGAUCACGUACCCUAAUCACUGAAUGAAACGCCUUCAGCUUCAGCACAAGCCCAAUAUCGUCAUUAUCAAUUUCGUUCAUUAAAUGAUCAGUAUUACAAGCUAAUAAGAGCUAUAUAGAUCUCUGUGUUUGAUUUGCUCUCGGAUCAUCGGGAAAUACUCAUUAACAUGGACUCCUCAUGCUUGGGAGAAGUGGGCACGAGUUAACUGCACCACAGCAAUUUACAUUAUUUCAGGAUCAGGAGUUGUCUCAUUCUGCAGCACUAUUUGUACAGUCUCGUUUCACCAAAUGCCUUUAUACUGAACAUUUCGAAAGAUCAAAGACUUUGUAUGUACAGCUUCAGCCACUUUGUUUGCUUGUGAGCAUAGAAUGCUGUUGAAUCAUUAACAAUAAGCGAGAUAUCACGAUUCAACGCAACGCUGCAGUCAGCACCAUGCACCGUUUGCUUACUCCUGAAGGAUUACUCGUGUACGUUAAGCCUAGACACAUCGUAAAUUCAUGUCAUUGCAUAUGACACUUUAGGAAAUUCAUGCUUUGUCAUUACAUCACCGUGCGGGACCAUGACAGAGCUUCAUCGAGCUCAUAUGAGAAAGUGUCGCGCUGAAAGAAAACGAUCCCAUAGUUUUCUUUAUUGUCACUUUAUAAUUUCCGAUAGAUUAGGUUAUAGAGCGCUCACAACUUGUUUGAAAAAGGAAAAAAAAAAAGCGCGCUUUAACGCUGGUAACGCUAAAAUUGCGACCGAAUUCACUUUUCAUCUGAUAUGACAUGAAGCUGCCCAGACAACAAAAGUCAGUGAUUGGAUAAUGCACAAAACACGUGAUUCAACAAUAAAAAGAAUU